AUGGAAGGAGGCCUUAAGGGGGUGUUAUGCAAUGCAAGUGCCCUAGACUUGGUUACUUGUGGAGGCAUAAGUGGGUUACCUGAAGCAUUUGGCAGGAGUAGUUGGGGUGGCUUACCUAGCUUGAAAUUACUCACCAUAACAAGUUGCGAUGAAAUCACUAAAUUAAUUAGAGGACAGAAUAUUCGUGGGAGUAUGUUGCCAAAUUUAAAGCGUUUAGUGAUCAAUCGCUUACGAAAUUUGGAGACCAUUUUGGAUGGGAUGGUCCCAAAUAGAGUAAGCCUUGGCAGAUUAAAAACGAUAGAAGUGGUGGAUUGUCCACGAUUGAAGGUCGUCAUCUCUUAUGGUCUGCUUCAGCAGAUCCAAAACCUUGAAGAGAUCAGGCACAUAGAAGUAAGCAACUGCCCCAUGUUGAAACAGCUCCCUCUCUCAGUCUGCAAUGCAGCAACUAUUACAGAAAUCAGAGGUGAGAUAGAAUGGUGGAGCAAUCUAAGAUGGAAAGAUGAAAAUAUCAAGAGCACUUUCAACAACGUUUUCAGGCAUGCCCAGACACUGAAGUUGGCAGAGAAAGAUAAAUGGGACUUAUAUGCAGACCAGAAGAAUGGUGAACAAAGUUGA